AUGCAGUUCAAGAACAUCAUCGUUGCCGCCACCCUCGCAGCUAGCGCCGCUGCUCUGCCAGCUACCGCGAGUGGAAAAACCGCUUUCAGUGUUGUGGCCAUUGAUUCGGGCUCAGGUGUGCAGUACAAAUCGUUCGGUGCGACCAAGGGCAGCCUUCUCGCUGGUCUACUUAUCCAGGGCGCUGCUUGUGAGGGAUUGAUUGAUAACAUCAACUACGCCACCUUCUACAUCGAUAACGGUGCUCUAUAUCUGUACAAUGAUGGCACUUCCGCUGCCCAGGAGGUUUACGUCGACCGUUCUGGAACAGGCCAGGGUAUUAUCAAAUACACUUCUGACAGUGAUAAGGUCUCCGCUAAUGGAGAGCUCACGGGCUGGGCCAUCUCUGAGUCAUCCUUGCAGUUUGGUGGAAAGGAUUUGAUUGCUUGCCCAAACAGCAUUCAAGGUUCUUGGUCUAUCUGGGCAGAUGCUGGAGUCUCAAACCCAGGACAGAACAAGGAUUGUGUCGGUAUUGUUGCCCGUGUGAGCACUGACUCAACCCCAAACAGCUGUGUUUACAAUGAGUAG